ACUUUGUAAUAAACAAACCCGAGCUUGGGACCAAUGGCCGGGUCCAAAAUUUUUGUGUAAUUUACUGCCUGUCAAGUGUAAUGCAACCGCGAAAGACUCUCUUUAUUGAUUAAACUUUCCUAUCCUAGUUAAUUACAUGCUAAUGUAAGGGAACACUGUAGUUACGGGCCUCACAAUAGAAGAUGUUCAAGAACACAUUUCAGUCUGGAUUCCUGUCAAUUCUUUACAGCAUAGGCAGCAAACCUUUGCAGAUCUGGGACAAAAAAGUUCGCAAUGGGCACAUAAAGCGGAUAACGGACAACGACAUCCAGAGUUUGGUGCUAGAGAUAGUGGGCACCAAUGUCAGCACGACGUAUAUAACGUGCCCGGCCGAUCCCAAGAAGACCCUCGGCAUUAAGCUUCCCUUCCUUGUUAUGAUCAUCAAGAACCUCAAGAAAUAUUUCACAUUCGAAGUACAAGUGUUAGAUGAUAAAAAUGUAAGGCGACGUUUCAGAGCGAGCAAUUACCAGUCUACCACUCGUGUGAAACCUUUCAUCUGCACUAUGCCAAUGCGUCUGGAUGAGGGCUGGAAUCAAAUACAGUUUAACCUUGCGGAUUUCACUCGAAGGGCAUAUGGGACCAAUUAUGUGGAAACUCUGAGGGUGCAAAUACACGCCAACUGCAGAAUCCGUAGGGUUUACUUUUCCGAUAGACUGUACGCUGAAGACGAGUUACCGGCAGAAUUUAAACUAUUUCUUCCAAUUCAAAAUAAAGCUAAAACCGCUAUGGCAACAUAAAAUCCUUACUUAAAUCCUGUAAAGUUGUCAUUACCUUAGUAAAAUGUAUUUCUAAGCCUUAUUUUUAUUUUUUAAUGUACACUUACACCCCAUUACUUAUUUGAUAAAGUUGUUUAAUAUUUAUAUUCUAAUAUUAAAUAAUAAAUAUGCA